AAACCUAUAACCUGUACACAUAACACUUUCAGUAUGAAAGGAAAUCAGUCAUCAAAAUAAAAGUAACGAAAACAAGAGAAUAAUUUUUAAAACAAUUUUCAAACGAACAUCGACACGAAUUUUCAGUUCAAGUAACAGUAAAUUUAUAUAAGAACACUAUCAAUGUGACCUUUCAACCCCUAGUGUGUGCACUAAAUUUUAAGAAAAUGUAUGGACUCAAGCAUCUUUUAAGUGGUUCCACAGUAAAUAAGAAUUGUUAUAGGUUAUCUCACAAAUCUCACUUAGAAGCCCUAAGAAAACGCAUUAUUAGUGGCCCAAGUCUUCAGGACUUCAUUAACAGUCCUGACCCAGUUUUAGAGGAUGAUUCGAAAGCAUGGAACGAGUACAACGGUCGGUUAAAGAGAACAUCUGAAGGUGAUUCAAGAUUAAGGUUACCUCCUUGGUUAAAGACUUCGAUACCUAAAGGAAAGAAAUUUAGUGAACUUAAAGAACAGUUGCGGGAACUAAAAUUACAUACAGUUUGCGAGGAAGCGCGAUGUCCUAACAUUGGGGAGUGUUGGGGUGGGGGCAAGCAUGGAACAGCGACAGCAACUAUUAUGUUGUUAGGGGACACGUGUACAAGAGGAUGUAGGUUUUGUUCUGUUAAAACUUCGAGAGCUCCUCCACCACCAGAUCCUAAUGAACCUGUAAAUACUGCUACAGCUAUUGCUUCAUGGGGAUUAGACUAUAUUGUACUGACUUCAGUGGAUCGUGAUGAUUUACCAGAUGGAGGGUCAAAUCAUUUUGCUGAAACUGUUAAAGAAAUAAAGAAAAGAAAGAGUGAGAUGUUGGUGGAGUGCCUAGUACCUGAUUUUCGAGGUGACCGCAAUGCUGUCAAAACAAUAGUCGAAUCUGGUCUAGAUGUGUAUGCACAUAACAUUGAAACUGUUGAGGAACUAACACCGUUUGUAAGGGAUAGGCGAGCUAAAUAUAGGCAGUCUUUGGCAACUUUAGAAGCAGUUAAGACUUUCAACCCAGACAUGAUUACAAAAUCAUCCAUUAUGCUUGGUCUCGGUGAAACAGAUCAAGAAAUUCAUCAAACUUUGGAAGAUUUAAAAGCGGCAGGAGUUGAUUGUGUCACUCUGGGGCAAUAUAUACAACCUACAAAAAGACAUAUGAUGGUUACUGAGUAUGUAACACCUGAAAAAUUUCAGCAUUGGGAAAGAGUUGGGAAUGAUAUGAAAUUUUUGUAUGUUGCUAGCGGUCCAUUAGUACGAAGUUCCUAUAAAGCUGGUGAAUUUUUCAUCGCCAGCAUACUGAAAAAUCGUAAAACAAGUAAUACUGAAGAAAAUUAAUUAAUUUAUUUGUUUGGAAAAAAUACUCAGUGGCUCUUAAGAUGAUGCAGUAACUUUAUAGGUGCACAAAAAGACUUAUAUGUUGUAGUACAAUAAAAUGUGUGUUGAGUUUAAA